GUGUGUAUGUAAUCUUAUUUUUGCUCCGGUCAGUUCGGGUCUCGGUUCUCUGGGUCAGCAGCUCCGCUAACUCUGCCCCUGGUUCGGUUCUGUAACGGUUGACUCAGCUCCAGUAUCUCCUUCAUGGAGGACCCGUGAGGUUCGGACCGGAUCGGAGCAGAACUUUCUGUGGGUGUGACAUCACAGUGUGAUGCGUCCCGAUGGAGGAGGCGGAGCCUAGCUGCUAUGUGACCCAGCUGAGGGCGGAGUUUGACGGCUGCGACUCGACAGCGACGGGUUUCCUGGACCGGGAGGAGCUGACCGAGCUGAGCAGGAAGCUGCAGCUGGACGAACAUCUGCCGCUGCUGCUGGACACGCUGCUGGGGGAGCGUCCCCACGGCAGGGUGAACUUUGAUGAGUUUAAGAAUGGCUUGGUGGUGGUUCUGUCCCACUCUCUGGACUUCAGCACCUCAGAGGACGACAGCAGCUACCUGGAGCCAGCUGUCCCGCAGGAGGUGAAGCCAAAGUUUGUGAAGGGAGCAAAGCGUUAUGGCCGCCGCUCUCGACCCGAAACCCAGUCCAGUACCAGCCUGGACUCGACCCCGACCAGAACCAAACCCGUGGACCUGAACCUGGAUUCGUCCCCACGUGUCCGCAGGGCCAAACUGAGACGGUCCACGUCUCUGGAGAGCAUGGAGAGCCUGAAAUCUGAUGAAGAGACAGGAAGCAGCAGGAUGGACCAGCAGCUCUUUCACAUUAAAGCAGAUCAGCAGCAGGAUGCAGGAGGGAGAGCAGGAGGAUGUGAUGUGGCUCCAGUAUGUGAUCACCUGGACCUGCAGGACGCCCAGCUCCAGAGAUUAGACGCUAACCGAGAUGCUAAUCUGGACACUAACCAGGAUGGACGGGUUACCAUCAGGAAGUUUCUGUGGAGCUCAGCCCCCACGCUAAGCUCCACUCCCAUCCGGUCAGCUGACCUGCAGAGGGCGCCACUCUGGAACAAGCAGCUGGUACCGGAUGGCCCCGCCCGCUCCCUGCUGUCGGCCACUGUGGGCCCCAGGGUUCUGACCCGGCUGGAUGACGGGUCGGGCGGCACCAGCCCAGAGCGAGUGGCGGCGCUGUGGGCCGAGGCGGGCAUCAGGAACAGCCAGCAGAUCCUGCAGAGUCUGGACUUCCCACUGGAGGAGCGGCUCAGCCUAUCGGACCUGACCCUGGUUCUGGACAACGAGCUGCUGCUCAGCGCCAACUCUGUUCACCAGGCGGCGCUCAUCUCCUACAGAACCGAGAUCCAGCACCUGCAGGAGGCGUUGGAGCAGGUCAGCAGGGAGCGGGACAAGCUGAGGUCUGAUCUGGACCGGGCCGACCAGCAGAACCUGCAGCUGGUCCGGGAGGCGGACGACCGGCACGCCAGCAUGGAGGCGCUCAACCAGAACCGGAUCAGGGAUCUGGAGUCGGACUUCAGGCGGCGAGCUGCGGCGCUACGGCUGCAGGCGGAGCAGGAGAACGAGGCGCUGCUGCAGCAGGGCGAGCGAGAGCGCAGCGUGAUGCGGCAGGAGCUGCAGCUGCUGCGGGGCAAGGAGGCGGAGCUUCAGGAGGAGCUGGAUGCCACCGCACAGGAGAAGCAGCGCCUGCAGCAGGAGCUCGGCGCCUUGCAGUCGGCGCUGAGGGAAUCAGACGGUUCUGUUCAGAGGCUGCAGACGGAUCUGGACCAGCUGCUGCUACACAAGCUCGGUGGUUUGGAUCCGGCCGGUGCCGGACUGAGCCACGAGGAACGGUUCUGUGAGCUUCUCAGAGAGUCGCAGCGCCAGUGCAGGGAGCUGCAGGACAGAAACGACGAGCUGAGCUCAGAGCUGCUGGAGGCCCAGAGGAGCAGCAGGAGGUCCUCCAGGCCAGCGGGGGGCGCCGGCAGCCAGCGCGACGCAGCAGGUGACCCGGACAUGAGGAGCAUCCAGUCGGAGCUGGCACUGCAGCAGCUGAAGGAGAGCCACCAGGAGGCGCUGCAGCAGCUGCACAUCCAGCUGGAGACCCAGAUGAACUACUACGAGCGGCAGCUGGACAUGAUGAAGCAGAACAUGGAGGUGGAGAGGAAGGACAUCUGCCAGGCCUUCAAGGUGGAGAUCAGUGAGCUGGAGGAGCAGAAGGUCCAGGUGGAGCAGCAGGUGGAGCAGCAGGUGCAGCAGCGUGUCGCCGCCCUGCAGGCAGAGGCCGAGCUGCUGCGCUGCCAGCUGCUGGCUGCCACCCAGGAAAAGCUGGGCCACGCCCAGGAAGUGACGGAGCUCCACAAGAAGCUGAGGGAGGCGCUCAGUAAGGUGGAGGAGCAGCAGGCGGAGGCCCGGAGGUUGAUGGAGGAGAAGACGGAGCUCCAGCAGAACCUGCAGACCCACAGACUCACAGUCCAGAACCAGGAGCUACAGCAGCAGAACCUGAACCAGGACCAGCAGAACCUGAAGUCCAGACUGGACCAGGCGGAGACGGCGCGGACACAGGCAGAGGAGCAGGUGCAGCGGGCAGAUGCGGCGCUAGGCAUGGCCAAGGCACAGCAGCUGCAGCAGCUGCAGGAGCAUGCAGGCAGCAGGCAGCAGCUGCAGGCGGAGCUGCAGGCGGAGCGGGGGCGGAGCCAGCAGCGACAGGCACAGCUGGAGCUGCAGCUGCAGCAGAGCAGAUCCCAGGCCACCCUGAAGCAGGAACAGUUCGACAGAGCGGCAGCGGCGCUGCAGCAACGGGCCGCCGGCCUGGAGGCGCAGCUGAAAGCGCUGCGCGUCGUGCUGCAGGACAACGUGCAGCAGCUGAAGGAGCAGAUGGAGCGGAGCAACAAGACGAGCGGCGUGUUGAAGGACCUGCACCUGCAGAAUGCGCAGUUGCUGGCGGCGCUGCAGGUCACAGAGCUGCGGCAGAAACAGGCAGAGAAGAAGAACAGCCAGCUGGAGGACAAGGUCACAGCGCUGGGGGCGCUGCUGAGGGAGGUGGUGGCCGCUGCCAUGACCUCCAGCUGACCUCUAGCUGGGAGCCGACAACCUUCAGCAAGGAUCGUCCAAUCAGAGCUGAGGAUCGUCCAAUCAGAGCUCACCUUCUGGUGUUUUUAUCUGCUCUGGUUCCAUUCAGACAUUGAAGCUGAUUUUACUGUAAAUGGAGGGUUUUUUAUUUGUUUAUAUUUUCUUCUGAUUUUUUUUUCUGUCUGAAAUGAUUCAGCUUU